UCCUCGGAUCCCCAAGCAGAAUUAAACCUCACCAAACUCCUCCCAUGGCCGAUCACCCCCUCGCCGGCGAGCACCACCCCUCGCCGGCGAGCUCGGCCGCCACGGCCCUGGGCCCGCUGCUGCUUCUCCCGUCGGAGCUCCUCCACGAGAUCCUCCUCCGCCUCGCCGUCCCGGAGCUCCUCCGCGUGCGAUCCGUGGCGCGCCCGCUCUCCAGCCUCAUCUCCUCCCCGGACUUCCGCCGCCUCUACCACCUCUCCUCGGCGUCGUCGGGGCCCGGCCCGGCCGCCGCGUGGCUGCUCCUCUUCAAGAAGCUCCCGCCCCGCGACGCCGCCAUCCGGGGCUUCCACGGGCCCUCGGGCCGUUGGUUCCGCAUCCCGGUCUCGGCCAUCCUCGCCCCCGCCGUGCCGCCCGGCGAGGACCUCUACUUCCUGGCCGCCUCCGGCAGCUCCUUCCUGUUCGCCGCCAACGGCCGCCGCGAGCUCGUGGUGGUCGACCUCACCGCGCGCGCCGCGCGCCGACUCCCGCCGUCCCCGCUCGGGCCACGCGGCACCUCCUCCUGGCGCCGCUUCGGCCUCAAGCUCGUCGCCGAUCCCCCCGGAUCGAACCGGUUUAGGUUUAUGUUUGCUGAGCUGGUGAACAACACGCCAUUCCUGUUCGAGUACCGGUCCGGGACCGACACGUGGCAGCGAUCGGAGGCGGUCCUGGCCGAGGGGACCUCGCCGGCGUCCCCCGGCGGCACGUACCUCUGCGCGGCGCACGCCGGGCCGGACUGCGUCAUGGUGUACUCUGGCCCGGGCGCGGACGACCGCCCGGUCUUCUUCCGCCCCCGGUUCCCGAACGCCGCCGGCGCCGGGGGGCACGGGGACCGGCUGCACGUGUACGGCGACGGGAGCGCGGCCGUGGUGCGGUCGGCGGCGGUCGACGACCCGACGAGCCGGACCCGGGUGAAGGUGGUGACGGGCGUGGAGCUGUACGGGUUCGCGGCCGUGGGCGGCGACUGGGAGCUGGUGGCGAGCGUGCCGGGCGAGCUGGUGGAGGGGUUCCGGAAGCCGUACGCCGUGAUGACGGGGCUGCUGGCGGAGCGGGAGGGCGUGGUCCGGCUGGUGCUCAUCUCCAACUGCCGGGGCGCGUGGGACCUGGUGUGGCUGUCGUACGACCGCGCGCGCGGCGGGGAGUGGCGGUGGGUGCCCGUGCCGGACUGGGGCAGCAGCAAGGGGCUCAACAUGGCCGGCAUCGCCGUCUCCUCCACCUUCUCCCGCCUCUGGCCGCUAGCCGCGCCGGCGUCCAGCAGCUGCGGCGGCCGCCAGUGAGCUAGCUGAUCGGAUCGAUGGGCCCGGGAGUCCGCGCGUGCUGUGCAUACAGGUGUGUGCAACGCCAAAGCGAGCGUGGGCGAGUGCUGGGGGUCCAACACGGCCGUGCCCCCCAGUCCCCACGCCACGCUCGGUUUCCAUGCGGGGUGGGGCCGUGGCGUGGCGUGGCGUGGCGUGGCGCGGCAUGAUCCCGCAUGAUGGCUUCGCCGAUGUGGACUAGUCAGUGAGAGCGAACGAAAUGUUUCCGAUAAGAAAUGGCCAGUGGUGGUGUGUGCGAGCUUCUACUUCCUUGUAUAGUGCAAUGGCUUGCUCCUACCACCCAUUUGUUCAUAAACUUUUGUGCUAUAUAUACUCGCAUCGUCAA